AUGUCGUCCAACUUGAACGCGAUCAAGAUGCGUCGUAAGAAAAACGUGAAGAAGGGUAUCCAAUUCUGCCUGAUGGUCUGCGGUGCUUCGGGGACAGGACGUACUACCUUCGUUAAUACAUUAUGCGGAAAGCGUGUUCUACAAAGCAAAGACACCGACGAUGAUCCAGAGCGUGCUCAUAUCGAGGAUGGCGUUAGAAUCAAGCCGAUCACGGUUGAGCUGGAGCUUGAUGAGGAAGGCACCCGCAUAUCUUUGACCAUAGUGGAUACACCUGGAUUCGGUGACCAGAUUGACAACGAAGCGAGCUUUUCGGAGAUCGUGGGACAUCUUGAACGACAAUACGAUGACAUCCUGGCUGAGGAGUCACGCAUCAAGCGUAAUCCCAGGUUCAGGGACAAUCGUGUGCAUGCUCUGCUCUACUUCAUUACUCCAACUGGCCAUGGUCUCCGCGAACUGGACAUCGAGUUGAUGAAGCGCCUUUCACCGCGUGUCAACGUCAUCCCCGUUAUUGGCAAAGCAGAUUCGCUCACCCCAGCUGAGCUUGCUGAGUCGAAGAAGCUGGUCAUGGAAGACAUCGAACACUACCGCAUACCCGUCUACAAUUUCCCCUACGAUAUCGAAGAGGAUGAUGAGGAUACUGUUGAAGAGAACGCAGAGUUACGGGGCUUGAUGCCUUUCGCUAUUGUAGGCUCUGAGGAGGUGGUUGAAAUUGGAGGACGACGUGUACGAGCAAGACAAUACCCAUGGGGUGUGGUCGAGAUCGAUAAUCCACGCCACUCCGAUUUCCUCGCUAUUAGAAGCGCACUUUUGCAUAGCCAUCUGGCGGAUUUGAAGGAGAUCACUCACGACUUCCUCUAUGAGAAUUACCGGACGGAGAAACUCAGCAAGAGCGUUGAUGGGGGUUCUGUUGACUCAUCGCUAAACCCUGACGAUCUGGCCUCCCAGUCUGUACGCCUUAAGGAGGAGCAACUACGUCGCGAGGAAGAGAAGCUUCGAGAGAUUGAGAUCAAGGUGCAACGAGAGAUCAACGAGAAGAGACAGGAGUUGUUGGCACGUGAGAGCCAGUUGAGAGAGGCUGAAGGUCGCAUGACGAGAGAGCAGAGCACCGCCAUUGACGACACGAAUGGCGGCAUGGCUUAG